CUGGUGCUCGAGGUCGCGCUCCUUCGCUUCCGAAAUCUCCGCUCAAGAAUUGCCGACGAUCGGCCCACAUCAACCGCCUGCGAAUCGAGUUGCUAACGAUUGCCAACGUAACCCGUGACAACAGGACCACCGAGUGGAGCUAGCUACCAUGCAACAGUGCCGGUUAUGUUUGGGCCAGGACAGGGAGCUUGUGGAUAUCUUCAUCACACAGCGGCAGGAAGUGGAGAACGCGGCGGCCCCGCUGCACGUGCGGCUUCAGGAGUGUCUGCAUCUCGAUAUACUCCAGAACGAUAACCUACCCCGGUGGAUCUGCCGGCAGUGCUUGGACCGUGUGGACGAUUUUACUCGCUUCCGAGAGCGUUGUCUGGAGAACGAGCGUGCACUGCGGGACGCCAACACACAGCACGGUCUGGGUGAUACCCAGAAGGAGCACGAAGGCGUGAACUCGAUUUAUGACCUGGACACGAGCGAUGAUGAGGACGAUGAUGAAGAACCGGAGAUAGUGGUCAUCAAUCCGAUGCGCGAUUACGAAAGCUCCAACCAGAGCCUCCAGAAUGGAACGUGCGAUGAUGCAGGGGAAGAGGAGCAACAGGAAGAGAAUGAUGAUUCGGUCGCGGCCAGUGGUGCUGAAGCGAUGAACGCGUCCGCUGCAGAUGUCCACGCGGAAGAGGAACUCGAUGGAUCGGGUGAUGCGGAAGAAGAGGAAGAGGAAGAAGAUGAAAUGCUAACGAUGUAUCCGGCUGGUACGGGUAGCAAUGGUUUGGGACGACCAACGGAAACCAAUGCCGCCAGCGAACGCAAUCAUGAGGCCGUGCAGAAGACGACCGUGUUCACCUGCAAGUACUGUGACGUGGCUUUCGCUGCUUCGACAGCCUGUCAGCUGCACGAGAUGCAGGAUCACGAUCUGUUGGCACCGUACGCCUGCCAUCUGUGCAACUACCGCACGGCCAUCCGGCUAUCGUUGAUUGCGCAUCUUCGCGAGAUUCACAGCAUCCCGCGGCCGUAUAUCUGCGUCCAGUGUGGUAAAGGGUUCGUGCGUCGAUCGGAUCUCAAGAAGCACACGUUCGUGCACACCGGUGUCCGGCCGUACGCCUGUCAACAGUGUGGCAAGUCUUUUUCACGCAACACUAACCUCACGAAGCACAUGCGCAUUCACCUUGGCGUGAAACCACACAGCUGCAGCUCCUGUCCGCGGACGUUCGUGAACAAAGCGGAUUUGGUACGGCACCGUAAUGUGCAUCUUUCAGCGCGAACAGCCUUCACCUGCACCUGGUGUGGGAAUGCGUACGCACGAAAGGACAAUCUGCAGCAUCACGAGGUUAACUGCGCCUCUAGAAGGCAUGCCACCAGUGCGCCACCUUUACUACUGCCACCGAUUACCGAAAACCAUCUGUACGCGUACGGUGGACUGCACACAGAUCCAUCGAUCGGUCAGAUGGCAUCAGCACCACCGCAACACAACACCGAACCGACGACGAUGAUGGAUCAAUCGAAUGGAAUGGACUCGACGUUGAAUGCAAGCGCAACCUUGGCCAGCUUCGCCAACAUUAUUCCCAUGCAGAUGAUGGGUGAAUCGGCGACUGGGGCCAGUGUGUCCGGUGCACGCACUGGUCCUGAAAUGCCACCUUCGAACAAGGUGUACGAUUGCCCGAGCUGCCCCAAGCGGUUUCUCAGCAAGGCAACACUCCGGAAGCACCAGCUUACGCACCCGCAGCGUCCCGAUCCGGGUUACGAGUGUCCACAGUGUCAGAAACAUCUGCCUGGCAAGCGUGAACUCGAGCGGCAUCUAAUGACGCACCUAGACCAUAAACCGUUCGCUUGCAAAACGUGCGGCAAGCGGUUCCUGUGGAAGAAUAAGCUGCAACGCCACGAGCGCAUCCAUCGUGAGGAACGCCACUUCGGUUGUCCCAACUGUGGCGCAACGUUCCAGCGGAGGACGGCACUGGCGACGCACCUGAAGAUCGACUGUACCGCAUCACUGAUCGGUCGGGAGCAACAACGGCUCACGAACGAUACGGCCUACGGCCUGCUGCCACCACAUUCCAUGCUUCCGUGAGGAGAGCGAGGGCGCGAGGAUACGAGAUUAUUUAUGCCAGCAUUCAGAUUCCGACGAAGCUUUAGGGCCAGCAGAUUGUUGUUCGGUUAACCAUUAAGGAUAGCGUCCUACAUUAGUGUACCUUUAUCUUCGACACAACUUCAUUACGCAUUUUCACCUAGACAAACGCCCAGCCCUUUCCCCCGUGCCCACCUUCCCCUUUCCGUAAGCGGUACUAGCUAUAAGUUCAUUAACAUUAAUCCAUCGUUCACAAUAGUGUAAGCUGCCGUGGAUACGAUUUUAACUGGAUACUUCAUUAAGCAUGUUCGUAAUUAAAUGAUAAAAUAGACUAUUGCCCCAAACCUGUACACCGUCAGUGUUUCAUAAAUAAAAUUACUGA